AUCAAACCGCAUCCAAAAGCCCACCUACACCUGUACAACAGUGAGCCUUAUUAUCGAAUACCUUUGUCUGUUACGCUAUCCCUCAUCUAAUUGAUACGACUACACUAUCGCCCCCAAAUAUCUAUCAGCCUCGAUUUCGCAAGCACAAAAGGCAGUUUGCGCCUCGCGCUUAGCCUGCCUCUGCCUUCACAACAGCUUUGGGCAAGGCACUGGCACUUGCUCUCCUGUGCUUUUGCACACAGUCUACCCCACAACGACCCUGGACCACUGAAACCUCACCUUCACCUUCACCUUCACCUCUCUACCUCUGCCAGCUCAUUUUUGUUUCCACUCCACCUUCUGCCACAUCAAAUCUAUAUCACCGCAGCCUCCCACGAAGCCUAUGUGUCCUAAGAUAGCGGGAAAACGAAGGACUUUAUGCCAUCACGAUGUCACUCAGAUAUACCACAGAUGAACUGAAAGUCCUCAGAGAAUCACCCUUAGUGAAGAAACCAUCAAGCCUGCCGCCAGCAGAGCAAUGGAUGGGGUAUGCUCAAGCACCUCGGCAUACAGAACACAUGCUAACAUAUGGAAGACCACCCGCAGAUCCUACUCGUAACCCACCUAACGAGAGGACGAAGAACUAUGAUUCUGACCUGAUUUUAGAUCAGCCAAACAAACGACCGGGUGCUGAAAGGCAUGUUCCUCGUAACAGCGCUAGUAUGGGCUUCAUUCAUCACUCAUGAAUUCAGAUAUACUGACUUUGCCCAGACCCAGAAGACAUAAUUCUUGGCCCUCCCAAAACCUCUUUCAUGUCAGCGACCUCUAUUCGCAGUAGUGGCAAAAGCUUCGACUCCCUUGACCGAACCCCAACGAGAGACACCGCUACACGCGAGAGAUUCGAUUUCCGCAGCAAAAAUGGCGAUGGAGAUAAUGAUCGACGAGAUGCACGCAAUAACAACUUACGUGUGCGACGAAAUGAUGGUGAUCAAGACAAUGAUGGGUGGAGCACAGUGAAACCCCGCAAAAGUUUUGGUAAUGAAGGCGCAGAGAGGUUCAAUGGAAGAAUGGGCUUAGACAGACAUAAAGAUGAUCGAAGAUUCAAAGACCGAGAAGAUCGUGAUGUAAAGGAUCGACCGCCUCGUGGUUUCGAUACAUAUGCCAGGGACAAGGAUCACGAAGACCAGGAGAGAGACGGUCGCAGAAAUGGAACAGGCCGUGGUCGAAAUGAGCCGUCAUGGUUCAAGGAUAACGGAGACGGACCAGCUCCAUCGAAAGACCGUAAUAGUAAUGGAGACAAGUUCAUGGAUCGCAGCAGAGGUUGGCGCGAAAAGGAACGGGAGGACAAGGAAGACAGAGGUGGCGAUAAGAACGAUAGAGGCGACCGACGUGAGAGAGGGGAUCGAGGUAACCAACGAUGGGAUAGAGAGCGAGAUCAGCGUCAAGAACGCGAUCCCGAAUGGAUGGAUGAGCCUCAGGAGGAAAAGCCACAAGCUCACACACAAGAAGAAUUUCAGAAGUGGAAAGAAUCUAUGCAAGGAAAGGACAAGUCCACAAAGACUCCAGUGGACGAUAGUCCUCCAGAUAAUGGUGGCGGUUUCUUUGGCUUGGAAUCACCGGCACAAAAGGUCGAAACACCGCUUGCUAUUGAUACUGGACCGGACAAAUUUUUCGGCAAGUGGGCUACUCCAAAGGACGAGGUCAGCCCAGAAUCAGGUGUCGAAUCUCGGAAGGAAGGCAUUGCAAAGGCAAAAACUACAGGGAAAGCCUCUAGAUUUACGUCGUUCUUCACCCCACAAGAAGAACCAGCACGCCGACAGACAGAACCACCACCACCUAUGCCGAUGCAGCAACAGGGCGGUUUAGAAGCGAUGUUCGCCGGAGCAGGCAGCAAUUCUUCAUCGCAGUCAAAUGCAGAGAAAGAGGCUUUCCAGAUGUUGCUCCAGAAGCUUCAAAUGAAUCAACCACCCCCACAAGCGGGCUCUACCCCACCCCCGAAUGCAGCAAUGCAGCACCAAAAACCACCACUCGUUCAGGAAAAGCAGCAACAUAUCCCAAUAUCUACGCCCGAGCCAUUUCAGCAAUAUCGGACUGAACGUCAUGGCGAAGGUCGACAGCCUGUCAAUUCUUCUCAUCAAGCAGUUCAAGAUUUGCUUGCUCAGCGUCAAAUUGCGAAUAGCCAACCCGCAUUGAGAGACCAGAUGAUGCAUGAUUUGGGUGGUCAACGACAAAAUGCAAUGAGCCAAGCUUCACUUCGCUCCGAUCAGUCAGGUAGAAAUAGCCAGUCGGAGUUUCUUAUGGGUCUCAUGAAAGCAGCUCCCGAGCCUCAGAGAUCAGAACAGGUUCUAUUGAGAAUGCAACCGGGUCAGAAGGAGCGACACAUGCAGCAACAACACCAGCAGCAACAGCAGCAACAGAUGAUGAUGGAACGUGAACAGGAGAUGCAGCAGCGCGAAGCAGCAGCACACCGGGAAAGAGAACGUUCUGCAUCCCAACGCCAAAUCCGUCAACCUCCACCGGGCUUCUAUGACCAUGAGCCACAACAGCAGGGUUUCCAGCGUGGCCCGCCACCACAGCAUGAAAGACAACCUGGAAACCCGGUCCAUCCAACCCAGAUUUUACAACGUCCUGGGCCACCAGGACUUGGACCGGAUAUUGGUUGGGACCGUCCUACACAACAACUUCCACCUCAGCAUCGUAUUCCAAACAUCCCUCCUCCACCUGGACUCGGAACCAAUGGACCAAACCGUGCUAUGCCAAUGCCGCAACAAAUGUUCCCUCCUGGUUUUCCAAUGGGCAACUUCCCACCUGAAGGAAUGCCAGGUCCACCACGAAUGGGACCGGGAGGCUUCUUCGGUGCACCACCUCAAGCACCACCGGGUUUCUUGCCCCCAGGAAUGAAUGGCUUCCCUGGUCCCGAGGGAAUGGCAUUCGGUGGACCAUUUGACGGAAGAGGACCUCCUCCACAAGGCAACUUCCGAAGACAGUAGAUAAAUCUACAUUACACACUUCUCAUCAUACAUGAUCGUAAGAAGAUACAAGCUAUCAUGGGAUUACAAAAAACCCUUUUCAUAUUGAGGGAUGGAUGGAAAUAUGGGAACACAAAUGAUGAUUGAUUGAAGGGUUGUUUGGGGGGCAGGCAUGAAUGGGAGAGGAAGGAAAGGCGUAGGGAAAGAUGACAGUCAGCUCUUGUAACUAUAUUCUGUUCUUGCUGAGAACUAGGUAGAGGGGAUGGAUGGGUAUGAUGUGAGGGAAGGGACGAGGCGAGCGGUUGUUUUUCUUGGGUCAUAAAGUCCGCCUAGUCUGCCUAGAUAGUACGUAAGCUGACCAUUCCCCCUUCAAAGGAACUUCCAACUUUCCUUUGGGGGGAAUGGUUUUAUUCAAUGAGAACUGUAUCACUG